AUGUCUCUCGGCAGACAUGCCUACAGGCAUGCUAUUCAGCCGGGUACCUCGUCAUGUCUCCUCGACCACGUGUGGAUUAGCGAGGACUUUCUUGCGACAACGUUUCGACGGUUCGCAGCCGGCCAACGACGCUACGAAAGUCGAGUGCCAGGCCCGCUGGAAGCGAGAAGGCGUCUGGCUAAACGAAGGAAUACUGCGCUGGCUGGUAUAGCCGGCUCUGGGCCUUUGGAGGAUAUCGCGUGUUUGUUCGGGCGGAAUGGGCGAGAGCAUAUGAAGUGGACGGACCGCCAGGAGCGGAAGGUUCAUCCAGAAACGCAGGUUUAUCCAUUGAGUCCCCCGGAUCCUCCGUUACCGUUCUACAGCGAAAACGUCAACUCGAGCCAAUUCGAUGUUAUAUCGGGUAGGCCAGGUCCCUCAGGCGGCGCGCAAAAAGCUUCCCGUGAACAAAGUCUAGAGGAAUUCUUGGAAUCGCGCCCAUCCGUGACGGAUAUCCGGAGCUUUGUGCGCCAGCUCAAUUUAGAUACCCAGCGGGAGACCAGCUACAGUCGCUUGAUACUCAAACACUUGUUAGAGCGAUGUCUCAAAUACAGAGCUGCCAUGAAUGCGCUGAUCGAGUUUCUGGAUGACCCGUACCUGAAUCCUAGGGGGACAGGAAACUAUCUAUGCACUCUGGAGCACAUCCUGCCCCAGAAAUUACGUUUCUCCCCCCAGCGUCCAUUUGCUGCCAUUAUUCGGGCCUUGGAGCUGGGACUCAUACAUCCCGAUGAAAUUCGUGAUAUCGUCAGAACCAUAUCAGAAGUUGAACUUCGACCGAGUGAGUUUUCAACACGGAACAAGAGAUUCCUGAUUAGGUUUCAUCGGGAAAUGUGGGAGGGCAUCGGACGGUGUGAUGUGUACCGACACCGCGACCUCAGCAAGGAUUUCAUCGAGGAGUGGCUGGGAAUACUGUGGGGACGAAGAACCCACAACGAUGUUUUGCUGGCGAAGGAUAUCAUACUUGCGACUUAUGAUUCAACAUCACCCGAUUGUCCAUGGGUCCCUAAGCUGAUCAUACGCUGGCUGAAAGUAUCAACGGAGACACGACAUGGUACCGAUGAAAAUUAUGUCAGAGCGCUUAUGGGUCACUUUCAUCCAGAAGUUGCAUCUGAAUUUGCUGUUCGCGUCACCGAAUAUUUGGCCUCUACCAGCAAGGAAUUUUUGGUUGAGUGGCAGUACUACUUGUCUCAACUAGACAAUAUACCAACUCUUGUUUCUUCUGAGGCUUGGAUCAAUGUGGACAAGCAUAUUGAGACAAGCUCAUCAAGUUCGACCUCUGCCAAUACCUCAAAAUUCCCAGUCAAACACCAAAUCAUCCUGCGUCUUUGGGUACUGCGGACGCUCAGCAGACAUCUCCCAGAGGGACCGCUCUGGCGACAAGAACCGAGAGCGACUGACCUGCCCAUUGUACGACUCCUCAGAAUCUACGAGUCUACACUUGAUGAAAGCAUCGACGAGGACUUUCUGAGCGACUUGAUGAAGGAAAUCCACGUUCUUGACAUUCCCUUCAAUGGCCUCUUGAUGGCCGCUGUGGAGUUGAAGGCGGGAAGACGUAUGUCACGAGGGAAACGAAGAACGUUAGAGAAAUUGGAAACCACAAAAGUGUCAUUCUACGACAUCUUCUCAGAUAUUCACGCCUACAACGCGACUAAAACCCACUUCUUUCCCGUCUUUGAGAAGAUGACACGGCAGAUCGAUGUCUCCAACCCAUCGUUCGUGAAACACGCGGUAGGGGUCGCCAGAACCGGGAAUGCUCAAGCCAUCUGGACCUUGAUUCGGAUGCUUCGCUCCCACACGCCUCUCAAAGUGGCGUUGUCCAAAUCCUCACAGCGAAUACCCGAUCCCUCUGAAAUGUCCCUCACCCGUUACUAUCCCGACCAGCGAACGGAACACUGCCCAGAUCCGCAUCUUGCCUCGGAAAUGAUCCACCUUUUCGCCGUGUCCAUCGCAUGCUCGAAGAACCUCAGCCCGCGUGUUGCAUACAAAUUUGUCCAUUGGUUGUAUACCUUCCUGGUAUCGCACAAUGCAACCGUGAAACCCUCGCUCGUGCGUGCCAUGUAUCAUGCUGGUGUUUUGCGGUUCCGGCGAGAAGGACUGCGCGUCGCGCCGACGCAGUAUGCUUACAUCUUCGAACGAGUCAAGGAAAUCGAGAUGCCGGAGAUGGUCCAAGCGCUCAUGGAGCCUCCACGCGUGGGAGAAACGGUGAAACAUUCUGACUUGGAUUGA